GGGCGGCCCCCGCCAUGGGCCCGCCUCGGCCGCGGUGAGGCGGCGGGCGGAGAUGAACGCGUCCGGGCGGCUGCCGGCGGGGGGCGAGGAGGAGCCCCCCGGCGCCGCGCUGCUGCCGCUGGGCGGGAACGGCAGCGCCGCCGGGGGGCUGCGGGAGGGCACCCACACGGCCACCCUGGCGGCCUGCGCCUCGCUGCUGGCCCUCGUAUUCUGCCUGGGCUCCUACGGCAACCUCAUCGUCUUCUUGUCCUUCUUCGACCCGGCUCUCAGGAAAUUCAGGACCAACUUCGAUUUCAUGAUCCUCAACCUCUCCUUCUGCGACCUCUUCAUCUGCGGGGUGGCCGCCCCCAUGUUUGCCUUCGUCCUCUUCUUCGACUCGGCCCGAGGCGCCCCAGGUACCUUCUGCUUCGCCUUCCACCUCACCAGCUCUGGCUUCAUCAUCAUGUCGCUCAAGACAGUGGCAGUCAUUGCCCUGCACCGGCUGCGCAUGGUGCUGGGGAAGCAGCCGCACCGCGCCACCUCCUUUCCCUGCACCCUGCUCCUCACCCUGCUCCUGUGGGCCACCAGCUUCACCCUAGCCACCCUGGCCACCUUGAAAACCCGUGGCUCCCGCCUCUGCCUGCCCAUGUCCAGCUUUGCCAGCGGGGAGGGGAAGAUCAUCCUCUACCUCUAUGUCACUGACUUCAUCUGCUGCGUGGCCGUGGUGUCCGUCUCCUACGUCAUGAUCGCCCAGGCUCUGCGGAGGAAUGCCCAGGUGAGGAAGUGCCCGCCCGUGGUGGCCAUGGACACCUCCAGACCCCAGCCCUUCAUGGGGCCCCCUUCCGCCGGGGCUGAGGAGGGCAUGCAGAGCGCCUUGCCUGCCUUGUACAGGAACCAGAGCUCCAGCAAGCCACAACACAUCCAGACACACGGCUACACCAAGCACCUCAGCCUGCCGCCAGCCCCUGCCACCAGCCGACUCCAGCUCGUGUCAGCGGUCAACCUGUCUGCAGCCAAAGACUCUAGGGCAGUGGUGACGUGCGUCGUAAUUGUGCUUUCUGUCUUGGUGUGCUGCCUGCCCCUGGGCAUCUCUUUGGUGCAGGACAUGCUGUCCAGCAGUGGUGGCUUUGUGCUUUACCAGUUUGAGCUCUGUGGAUUUACCCUCAUUUUUUUCAAAUCUGGAUUAAAUCCUUUUAUAUAUUCCCGCAACAGUGCUGGACUUCGGAGACGAGUCCUCUGGUGCCUGCAGUACCUAGCCCUUGUCUUUUUCUGCUGCAAGCAGAAGACGAGGCUUCAAGCCAUGGGCAAAGGCAGCCUGGAAGUCAAUAGGAAUAAGUCAUCCCACCAUGAGACCAAUUCAGCAUACAUGUUGUCUCCAAAACCUCAGAAAAAGCUUGUGGAUCAAGCCUGUGGUCCUAGUCAUUCCAAGGAAAGCAUGCUGAGUCCCAAGGCAUCUUUUGGGCAUCAGCACUAUGCACAGAGCAGCUCAACCCCCAUGAACACCCGAAUUGAGCCCUAUUACAGUAUCUAUAACAGCAGCCCUUCCCAGGAAGUGAGCACCCCAAAUAGCUUACAGCCAGUGAACUCAACUUUUGGAUUUACCAAAUCCUACGUUGCCAUGCAUUAUCACACCACCAAUGAUUUGGUGCGAGACUAUGACAGUGCUUCAACCAAGCAGAUACCGGUACCCUCAGUGUAA